AUGAGAACCAAGCUCAUUCAGAAAAUCACGUCCAAUAAUUUCGAUUUGAGUGGAGCCUGUGCAGCCUUUCAUAAUUUAUUUGCCAUUCAUCACUUCAGUAAUGAGAAUAAUCGAUUGGAAAUAUUUGCUGUUGUUAACGAUGAACCAAGUCUGUCCGUAGCUGAUGAAAAAAAGAGCGGUGGCUCCGAUCAUCAUGAUGAUCGUCAUACCGAACAUUUGAGUGAACCAAAGAGUAGUAAUACAAUUAGCGCAACUACCACUCAGAGCACAAUUUCUCAAAAACUGCAUGAGUUGAACGAAGUAAAAUUAUUCUGUGUAGUUCCGCUUUCAACUUUAUUUGAAGAACGAAAUUUAGUGAUUUGUAUUAUGAAUGAUAAUUCAAAGAAAUUAAUUUACAUUUCAAAAUUUGUUAAGGCUGGAGAAUAUGUGGUGAAAGAGUUGGAAAAUCAAACUCCUUCAUUUAUCAAUGAUUCACUAGAUGCUGAUUGUUUGAUGAGUUCAUGUUCCUCUGGAUAUUUUUGUUAUUAUUCACCUUCACAACAUUUGUUGCAAAUCAUCAAAAUCAAUAUUUUAAAUCAACAGCAAUUAUCUUUUGAAAAAAUUGCUGAUAUUGACAUUUUCUCAAAGAAAGCAUAUAGCUUACAACUAACCCAUUCACAUGUAGUUCUAGGCCAACUUAAUUCAAUCCAAGUGUGUGACUGGAAAUAUCAGCAAAUGAAGCUAAAUAGCGGUGACACUACUGCUUCUUCCAUGACCACUUCCAGCCUCAAAGCCACAGGAAGAAUUAUUUAUUUACCGAAAAUUACAAAAACAACUAAGAAGAAAUCCAAACAAGGGGCUGUUAAGAAUGGACUUUUAAUUCCCAAGAAGGAAGAGUCAGAUACGAGUGAAGGAAAAACUGAUCAAGGUACAUCAUCUUCAGAAAAGAAUCCAAGUGCUACCACUAGUUCAGAGCAAGACACAGUUUCUACCAUUAGCAAGCAACGUGAUGAAAAGGUAAAAUCUGUGAAAAGCCUCAGCAACAACUCUUUCGUCAUUCUCUCGAGUUUGGGUAAUCUCUAUUUUUUAAAUUGCAGCAAGGAAGAUGGGGAUGUUUUUGUUAAGCUCGCUUUGCCAAUAGCAAACGACAAGCUUUCAAAAAUUUCUUCAUUUGAUAUUAUGAGUAAUCAACUUGAUUCUCUCUAUAAUUCGCCCAUUUCAUCCCUUCUAGUUCUUGCGUUUGACAACUCUGAAAGUAUAGUUAUGACAUCUUUGAAAUCAUUUUACUCUCUUCAGCAAUCAAAACAGCCACAAUCAAAAGAACCAGGUUUGGUUGAUAUUGGAAUUGACAACACCUUUAAUUUAACAGAUGCUGUGUUUGAAUUGUGUUUAGUGGGCAACAAUUUGAUCGUUGCUGACAGAAAAGAAAUUUGCAUGUACCAAAUAUUUUAG